AUGGCUAAAAAAGCAUCAAAAUUGAGUAAACAGAAUGAAAUAAAAGAAGAACAGGAACUGAUAGAUGAGGAAGUAGAUGAGGAAGUAGAGAAGAAGUCGGUAUUUCAAUGGUUAAAACGAUAUAUUAAUCUGAGAAAUUCAUUAUGGACAUUACUUUUGGUAGAGCUAAAAUUAGAUCAUCACCAACAAGAAAGUAAGAAUGAAAUUGAAUCAUUUCAGUCAUUUCAAGAACUAAAGAAUAUGAUCCAAAUACCAAUAGUACUUGAGAACUUCAUAUUACUCGGUUUAUUAAUUUGUUUAAAUUCAUUUUUGACAUUAUUCACAUUGAUACCAUUAAAAAUAAUCAUUGUCAUUUUUCAAUCCAUUAUUAAUCCAAGUAGGCUCAAGAUUAUUCAUAAGGACUUAGUUUUAUAUUCAAUUGUGAUUUUAUCAUUAUUCAUUCUUUCCAAAUGGGAUAUUUCACGGAUUUAUCACGAUGUAAGAGGUCAAGAAGAUAUCAAACUAUAUGUAAUGUUUGGCGUAUUAGAAGUAAUUGAGAGAUUAUGUUCAAGUAUAGGUCAAGACAUAUUCAAUAUCCUAUUAAAUUCAAAUGGUGUGAUAUUUAUCAUAUUUUAUUUCAUUACUUUGGGUUAUUUAUCUUUCCAUUCUUAUAUUUUAAUCUAUCAAACAAUUUCAUUAAAUGUGGCAGCUAAUUCAUAUUCAAAUGCGUUAUUAACAUUACUUUUAUCUAACCAAUUUGCAGAAUUAAAAUCAUCAAUAUUUAAGAAAUUUGAAAGAGAGGGACUUUUCCAAAUUACAAUGGCUGAUUUAUCUGAACGUUUCCAAUUAAGUUUAAUGUUAUUUAUUAUUGGAGUUAGAAACCUUCUUCAAUUGGGUAAUAUCACAAUGAUAUUUCCAAAUAGUUGGAAUAAUUGGAAUAAAUAUUUUGGUGUUGUUUUUGGACCUAGUGUAAUUGUAAUUGGAUCUGAAAUAUUAGUUGAUUGGUUAAAACAUUGUUUUAUAUCAAAAUUUAAUAAAUUAAAUUAUACAAUAUAUGAGAGGUAUAUUUAUGUAUUGAGUCUUGAUUUUUUGGAAUUAUAUCAAAAGGAAAAUGAUUUUGAAGUUUUAUUAUUGUCUAAAAGAAUAGGAAUACCACUAUUAGCAAGUUUAGUAUGUCUUAUAAGAAUGAUCAACAUUUCGAAAAUAUUCCAAUCUUAUAGCAUGAUAGAAUAUGUGGUGGUUCUGUUUGGUAUUUUUUCAUGCUUAUUAUUAAUUCGAUUAUUAUUAAGUUUAAUAAUUUUCAAAAUAACUAAUCUGAUAUUAAGAAAAAAUAAUAGAGCUAUUGAAACUCCAAUUGAUUCUCCUUCACCUAAUGGUUUAAGCUCCCCUUUUUUACCUGGAUCUCCAAAUACCGAAUCAUCAUCAAUUAAUCCAAAUACAAGAUCUUUUUUAUAUAAUUUAAAUGAAAAAAUACCACCUACAAUUGAAGAAAGAAGAAAGAAAAAGGAACAAACAACUAAUGAUGAUGAUUUGAAUGAUGUAAUGAGAUAUAAAAUGUCAAGUAAACGAAUAUGGUAA